AUGCCUUUCACCUGUAGCGACAUCUGCAAGCUUAUCUUCGCCGUCAUCCUACCUCCUCUUGGUGUCUUCCUUGAGCGCGGGUGCAACAUGGAUCUGCUCAUCAACAUUAUAUUGACCUGCCUCGGGUACCUGCCUGGUAUCGUCCACGCCUGCUUCAUUAUUUGUAGAUAUUAA